UGUUGAUCUUUCUGAUGAUUGUAACCAGUCCUAGUCUACGACUCUACAUAGUGCAGUAUGAUUAGCAUCGGAGAAGACGGUGUCCUCUUCCUUCAAAAUUCUCCUCAUAGAUCUCGAAAAUCCUGUGAUCACUUUUUUAAUAUUUUUUUGUUUUGAACUUACCUUAUUUUCUUUUGUUUAAAGUCAGUCAAUGAACCAUUCUCUGGGGUUUCCUACACAAUAAGUCCAGAAAAACUUGAUGGACACUCAUUUGUUUCCUUGUACUCCGUAGUUAUUUUGUUUUUGUUUUUGUUUUUGUUUUAGAUUCCUUGACGAGUUCGAGGAGCUAUCUUUAAAGUCAUUAUUAUUAGUACAUUAGAUUCUAUUGUUUUUGGUCCGAGGAAGUGGCCAUGAGGUUACUGAGGUUGCGAGAAAUUCGCUUGGUUCCAGUUUCACUGUUUUUCUUCCUGGUUUUGGUUUGCCGACAAUUUUCUGUUUGUGGGUCUCUCAGUGAUAAAGGUCUGAUUUUUCUGAGAUCCAAGGAAGAUGGCUAUGGAGGGGAAAUUCAGCUUUCUUCUUCGUCUGACAGCGUUUAUUAUUCCGAAAGAAAUGGCCUGAGCAUGGGAAAGUCCAGACAUGUAGCAGCCAACAGGAAAUUGAUGGAAGUAGCAACUCACAUCCCAUUCAUCUUUCCAAUCCGGGCUACCAUGUAUUAUGUUCAAUUUGUUGUACAUCCUGGUCCCUCACCCUCCCCUUCUCAUGCACCCUCACCUUCCCCUUCUCGCGUGCCCUCACUCUCUAGGGUCCCACAGUUGGCGCCUACCUCUGCUCUUUCUAUUACCCUCUCUUCAGCACCUACUUCUUCAUCACAUAAUUUCAGCCCAAAAUCCAACCAAGUUUUGAUAGUAUCUGCAAUCGCGGGUGGUUCUCUUCUGCUCAUAAUUCUGCUCACUAGUUUGUUGGUAUUUUGUCAUAAGAAUAACAUAGCUGUUGUCAAACCCUGGGCCACCGGUUUAAGUGGGCAGUUGCAGAGAGCAUUUGUCACAGGUGUGCCAAGUCUUAAGAGACAAGAACUAGAGAUAGCUUGUGAAGAUUUCAGCAAUGUGGUUGGCGCCUCAUCAUUUUGUACAUUUUACAAGGGCAUAUUGUCCAGCGGGGUGGAGAUAGCAGUCAUAUGUCUCACUGUCGAGUCUCACAAGGAUUGGUCACGAGAUCAAGAAAUGCAGUUCAGAAAGAAGAUUGAUAUGCUGUCAAAAGUGAAUCACAAGAACUUUGUGAACCUAAUUGGUUUUUGCGUUGAAAAGAAACCUUUCACGAGAAUGAUGGUCUUUGAAUAUGCUCCUAAUGGAACACUUUUUGAGCAUUUACACUCUAGGGAGGUGGAUCACUUGGAUUGGAGAAUGAGAAUGAGAAUCAUUAUGGGCGUAGCAUACUGUCUGGAACACAUGCACCAGCUGAGACCGCCGGUCCCACACAAGAACCUCAAAUCCUCUGCGAUUCAUCUCACGGAAGACUAUGCAGCCAAAGUGUGGGACUUCAUCACAUGGGAUGACGAUUCUGCUGACGAUGACACGUCAACUCCGGAGACCAAUGUGUACAGCUUCGGUGGCAUUCUGCUUGAGAUUGUGACUGGCCGGCAACCAAACGCGCUGAACGACGUCGCAUCGGAGUAUGUCAGGGGCAGAAAGUCCCUCCGGGAAAUGGCCGACCCAAUUCUAUGUUCUUUCAAUCCAGAGCAGAUGGAUGGGCUUGGUGAAGUGAUUAAAUCUUGCCUCCGUCUUAGCCCAAGAUUGAGGCCUAGUAUGAGAGAAAUUAGUGGUAGGCUGAGAGAGAUAAUUGGGAUUGGGCCUGACGCUGCUGCCCCAAAGGCAUCUCCUCUUUGGUGGGCUGAGCUCGAGAUUUUAUCUGCACAUGAUGCAUUUUAAAGGAAUUUUUUUCUUGUGUUUAUUCAUUUAUUUAUUUAUUGCAAUGGUUGUAUAUUCUAAGGUGGUUAAAGGCUUGUUCAUGUUAACUACCCCGCCAUUGAAGGUUAGGUUGGAGUUGUCACAAAUUGAAAGUAAAUGUUUUCUUUUUGGUAAUUACUUUUGGUUAAAAUUCCUAUUUUAACUAUCAUUACAUUCUAAAUCAACAUAUCAUCAGUUACUCUUUUACAGUUUUACUGCCACC